CAAAUGGAUUGUAUAUCGACAAAAGAAAUUUAGUUCCACGCGUUUACUUGCGUAUGCUAAUGUCACUCCCACCCUACAUUUACAACUGAAAAAAUGAUUUAAAGCCACAGACCAGAAAACAUUCACCGUUAAAACAGUAGCCGACCAAAAAGUAGAGCAUCCGAACACAAACAGAGACUUCAUGACCCCAAUCUUAUUUCUUUCCUUCCUCCUCUGCCAGCUACUAUUGCUUGCCACGGGACCAUGUUGCCGGAAUCUGACCCACGCCGCCGGAAGAGGAGGCCACUGGAAGGUAUUAAUGCCCAACAUUGGCAUUUCGGCCAUGCAUAUGCAGCUCCUCAACAACGACCGCGUCGUCAUAUUCGAUCGAACUGAUUUCGGCCGAUCCAACAUCUCAUUGCCCAACGGCAAAUGCCGCAUGGAUCCAAACGACACCGCUUUAACCACCGACUGCUCGGCACACUCGGUCGAGUACAAUGUCAAGACCAACAGUGUACGUCCCCUCAUGGUGCUCACGGACGUAUGGUGUUCCUCUGGGGCCCUCAUGUCUGACGGACGUCUGAUCCAAACGGGAGGGUUUAAUGAUGGCGAUCAUGUGGUCAGAACUUACCGGCCAUGCUCGGACUCUAGCUGUGAUUGGGAAGAAGUCAAGUCAGGCUUAACACAAAGAAGAUGGUAUGCAACCAACCACAUAUUGCCGGACGGCCGUCAAAUUAUCAUCGGCGGUCGCCGGCAGUUCAACUACGAGUUUUACCCGAAACCUGCAGCCGCCACGAGAGCUUACAGUUUACCAUUUCUAGUUCAAACCAGUGACAUGAAUAUAGAGAACAAUCUAUACCCAUUUGUGUUCCUGAAUGUAGAUGGAAAUCUGUUUAUUUUCGCAAAUAAUCGUGCUAUAUUAUUCAACUACGCGAAGGAUGUGGUAGUGAAGACGUACCCACAAAUGCCCGGAGGCGAUCCUCGGUGUUAUCCGAGCACAGGUUCUGCAGUUUUGCUUCCAUUGAAGAACUUGCAAGGACAGGCUAUGGAAGCUGAGGUUUUGGUUUGUGGGGGUGCACCGAAAGGAGCAUACACCAGCGCACAAAAUGGCGAAUUUGUCUUCGCUUUGGAUACUUGUGGGCGGAUCAAAAUAACCGACUCGUCUCCCAAGUGGGUAAUGGAAAAGAUGCCUAUGGCUCGGGUCAUGGGUGACAUGGUUUUACUACCAAACGGGAACGUCUUGAUUAUUAACGGUGGCGCGCAGGGGACUGCAGGGUGGGAAAAUGGUCGGAAUCCGGUUUUGAAGCCGGCAAUUUACCGACCCGAUCAACAAAAUGGUUUUCGGUUUGAAAUAGAGAACCCGAGCACAAUACCCCGUAUGUACCAUUCAACGGCUAUUUUGCUUCGUGAUGGUCGUGUUCUUGUUGGUGGUAGCAAUCCUCAUAUUUAUUAUGUGUUCACUGGAGUCUUUUUUCCCACUGAAUUAAGUUUGGAGGCAUUCUCACCGCCUUAUCUCGAUCCAGGAUCCGCAAAUUUGCGGCCGAAGAUUGUUUCACCGGUAUCUCAAACUAACUUCGGGUAUGGGCAACGGGUAACGGUUCGGUUCACUGUCACAGGUACAUUGAAUGGAAAUAUGGUCACUGUAACAAUGGUGGCACCAUCAUUUAAUACACACUCGUUUUCAAUGAAUCAAAGAUUGUUGGUGCUUGGAGGCGGAAAUGUGACACAAAUAGGAACAUCUACUUACGAAGUCGGGGUGAUGACACCGAAUUCGGGCAUUCUUGCACCAUCCGGAUAUUAUCUUUUAUUUGUGAUUCAUCAAGAAAUUCCUAGCGAGGGCAUAUGGGUCCACAUAAAGUGACAAAUACUUUUUCUGUUUGCAUAGGUUUUUUAAUACACAAUAUCUUGUUUUUUAAAUUGAUGAAUAUAUGUUCGCUGGAAUAAGGUUGUUA